CAACGCUUCUAUCUAUUAGCGAUAAUGAUUUGGGCAGUUCCAACUAAGCCGUUGAAAUGUGCGCUUGUAAGCAAAAAAGGGCAUCUUUUCUUAUUGAGGACAUACUAUGCGAGCCGAAAACCUACAAGCGUUUUAGUAAAGAACCACUGGAGUUGCUUACAUGUAGUAAAAAGCCUGAAGUUGUAAGCAAUUCCGGGUUGCCAACCUCAGAAUUUUUUAACCAGGACGUAUAUCCCAAAGAAGUGCCUAAGAUGGCUCCUGCAGAUAGCUCCUGUAAAGGAUUCUCUAUUGCUGAAUUGGCGCCACAAGACAAAAGCUUUAAAGGAUUAACCGAAAAUGGCUUCAAAUUUUCAAUAUCCAAUCUGACGACUGAAGAUUAUGGUAAGAAAACCACAUCUACACGUUGUAACUCAAAUAAAAAUGAGGAUUUAAUGACAAAGUUUAAUAUAGUUACGGAUGUGCAACGGGAGUUAGAAAUGGCUAAACAUAAGGGUAGUUUGGAACAGAGAAGGAACACAUAUCCGAUAUAUCCGACUCCGGUUAAGGCAAAUGCACCCUGGUCUCCGUGCAGAUUGAAGAGUCCGAGCUUCUCGAUGGAACCUCGACACCCGAUGGGUUUCUACAGUGAUCCGAUGAUGAAAUCGGAGCAGAUAUUGAGGAAUCAGCUCGCUGUGAACAGAUUUGUAACCAACCCUUAUAGUUUACGACAAAUGUAUGGAUUUGAUAGAGUUCCACCAUCCUGCUGCAGCCCAUGGUGGGGAGUGGGGGGGAGAAGGAAAGGGGGUCAGGUGCGGUUCAGCGCGGCGCAGACGGGCGCGUUGGAGCGGAGGUUCAGCUCCAGCAAGUACCUCAGUCCUGAUGAGAGACGAGCGCUGGCUGCCUCCCUACGAUUGAGUGAUCGACAGGUAAAGACUUGGUUCCAGAACCGGCGCGCCAAGUGGCGUCGCACGACACCCGACAUGGCGGACACCGGCAGCCCUCCCACGGGCGACGAGUCUGAUGACGACGUGCAGAUCGCUGAUGAUGACUGAACACUGCGAUUAAAUCAAUGCAUACUUAAUAUUAUAAAUGCGAGAGUCUGUCUGUCUGCUAGCUUUUCACGGCCCAACAGUU